AUGUCUCGCCAGCAAAAUUUUUCUUACGACGAGAAGCUGCGGUUCCUCGUCCUUCUUAAAGGUAGCAAGGCGCUUCGCCCGAGUCCAUACAUGGACACGAGAGGAAGAGAUAAGGCGUGGAGGAAGAUCGAACGUACGUUCAAUAACGAUUCACAGGCGUCCGGUAUACAUAGGAACGUCGAGAGCCUGAAAAAUCUGUGGAAAAAUUUACAAAAGGCCGCCCGUAAAUCGACAGACAAACGAGAUGACAACGAGGUCAUGAAGCGGAUUAAAUCAUUGAUGAAGAAGGUGGAACAUGGGCGCAAAUCGAGCAAGCGAGCGUCGCGAGACAACGACGACGCGAGCGUAGGCGCGGCUGAUGUACCGGUCGCCACGCCGACAAAUGAGGAGGAGCUGCAACAGCAACAGGAAGAGGUGGAGGAGGAGGAGAUGGAGCAGCAGCAGCAGGCGGAGGAGCAGCCACAGGAGGAGGCGGAGGAGGAGGAGAUGGAGCAGCAGCAGCAGGUGGAGGAGCAGCAGCAGGAGGAGACGGAGCAGCAACAGCUACAAUUCCAGAACAGUUGCAAUCUACCGCCGCCUCUGUUUCCACUUCCGCCGCCGCCACCACCACUGCCACUGCCACCGCCACCACCACUGCCACCACCACUGCCACUGCCACCGCCACCACCACCGCCACCACCACUGCCACUGACACCGCAUCGUCGUCUCGAUCGACACAG